GUUUAACGUUUUUCCCGAUUUUUGCGACCGGCUUUUUCUGUCAACUCAUCACAUUUGCUGCUUCGUUUGUCCACGGUUUCGAGAUUUUUUCACACUUUAUUUGUCCCAGAUUAUUGCGGGCGAGUUCAACGAACGUUUUUGUUAAACGGUUACGCUUGAGUCUUGGCAUUUAGGCAUUUUACAAGAUGAUCGAUAAAGUGCAGCACGUCCUCCCGAACAGCCAACCGAUCGUGGAGCUGGAAUGUGCUACCGCUUUCGGUGCCCUCACCGAGAAGGAAAAACUGUACGCCCACUACUUCAGCGAGGCCUCCUGGACAGGAGGGUUGAUUGCACUGGUCCAAUCGAGCCCGGAAUCGCCUCUCAUUUUUUCGCUGCUCCACCGGAUCUAUCUGGCGGAACCGAUCGAGGAACUGCGGAAGAGUGCCCUGGCCGCGGGAGUAACUGAGGAUGAGUUUACUGCCUUCCUGGUGUAUACCUGUGGAUUUCUGGCCAACGCCGGCAACUACAAGGGCAUGGGAGACAGCAAGAUUGUGCCGAAUCUGGAGGAAGAUAAGUUCGAGCUGAUCGUCAAGAGCUCCAAGGCGUUCAAAACCGAUGAAGCUUCCAUUGGCAAGCUUUGGCAGCAGACCAAAGUUCCCAUCUUCCUGCUCACUGAGCGUACCAAAACGCUCGGCCUGUGCGACCAGGGCAUUACGACCUAUUUCUCGUCCAAUGUGACCCGCGAAGAUACCGAACUGAUCAGCGAAUGGAUGAAGGAGAACAAGUUCGAGGCCUACAUUUGUCGGACCUUUAAAACUGAAGAGGACGGCAAAACGGUAUACAACAUCAAGCUGGCUUCGGCAGAGGUCGGAGACAAGGAAGGGCUGACUAAGGAUGCGGUCGAGUAUAAGGGAGCUUUGUUUAAAAUCACUCGUGGAGACUAUCGCGAGUUGAUGCAGAAGGUGGCAGACGCGCUGACCCUGGCCAAUAAGCAUUCGGCUAACGACAAUCAGAAACAGAUGAUUGAAGCCUAUGUGCAGAGCUUCGCCGAGGGUAGUUUGGAUGCGCACAAGACCGGAUCCCGGUUCUGGAUCAAAGACAAGGGACCGGUUAUUGAAACUUACAUCGGAUUUAUCGAAACCUACCGGGAUCCGGUGGGACAACGGGGCGAAUUCGAGGGAUUCGUGGCCAUGGUAAACAAAGAGAUGUCUGCCAAAUUUUCCACCCUGGUGACCAAUGCGGAAAACUUCAUCAAACUUCUUCCGUGGGGUGAAGACUACGAGAAGGACAACUACUUGAAGCCCGACUUUACCUCGUUGGACAUUUUGACCUUCGCCGGAUCCGGUGUGCCUUGUGGAAUUAACAUUCCUAACUACGAUGAAAUCCGCCAGGACGAGGGAUUCAAAAACGUGUCGCUGGGCAACGUGCUGGCCAACACUAACAAAACAGACAGCAUUCCAUUUUUGUCGGAAGAAGAUCAAGCUUUGCUGAAGAAGUACAAGGCUUUGGCAUUCGAGGUGCAGGUUGGACUUCACGAGCUGCUCGGCCAUGGCAGCGGUAAGCUGUUACGUAUCAACGAAAAGGGUGAGUAUAACUUCGAUCGCGAGAAGGUACGCAAUCCGCUGACUGGUGAGGCCGUGACCUGUUGGUAUGAGCCUGGCGAAACUUAUGACUCGAAGUUCAAAUCGUUGGGAUCCAGCUACGAAGAAUGUCGCGCCGAAGCUGUGGGUUUGUAUCUCAGCUUGAACCGAGACAUUUUGAAGAUUUUUGGACACACUGAUGAGAAGGAAAUCGAUGACAUCAUCUACGUCAACUGGUUGUUGUUGGUUUGGGGUGGAGUUGGAGUGGCCAUGGAGCUGUACAACCCAACUCAGAAGACCUGGCUGCAGGCUCAUUACCAGGCACGGUUCGUGAUCAUGAAAGUGCUGUUGGAAGCGGGAGAGGGUCUGGUCAGUGUAACGGAAACCGAGCCGGGCAAAAACUUGCUACUGAAGUUCGAUCGCAGCAAAAUUGAAACCGUUGGCAAGGAAGCUAUCAAGCAGUUCUUGCUCAAGUUGCAGUAUUACAAAUCGACCGGGGACUUUGUCGGGGCCAGUAAGAUGUACAACCACUACUCGGAGGUGAGCGAGGACGGCCCGUUCCCGUGGGCCAAGUGGCGGGACAUCGUGCUGUUGCACAAGAAACCACGGUUGAUUUUCGUGCAAUCGAACACGCAGCUGGACGAGAACGGCGCCGUGCAGCUGAAGAAGUACGAGUCCAAUUUCGAGGGCUACAUCAAGUCGUGGACCGACCGUUUCCCGGAAACCGGCAUCGAUCAGGUCCUGGAACGAAUCCACGAACAAGAUAAGCAGUAUUUUCAGGGAUUGUACUAGAUGAGGAGGACUGUCCCACGGGAAGAUUUAACUGCAAUUUCGUAUGAAUAAACUUAUAUGCAACAGUUUCUAUAGAAA